UAACAAGUCCAGGCGGGAGCCGGAAGCCGAGUGCUGAACGGGUUGCGCCUGGGCUCCCUGUUGUGCCGCUSCGGAGAGGCGCAGUCAUGCAAGAAAACCUCAGAUUUGCUUCAUCAGGAGAUGAUAUUAAAAUAUGGGAUGCAUCAUCCAUGACACUGGUGGAUAAAUUCAACCCACACACAUCACCACAUGGAAUCAGUUCAUUGUGUUGGAGCAGCAAUAAUAACUUUCUUGUAACAGCAUCUUCCAGUGGUGACAAAAUAGUUGUUUCAAGUUGCAAAUGUAAGCCUGUUCCRCUUUUGGAGCUUGCCGAAGGGCAAAAUCAGACAUGUGUUGAUUUAAAUUCCACAUCUAUGUAUUUGGUAAGCGGAGGCUUAAAUGGCACCGUUAAUAUUUGGGAUUUAAAAUCAAAAAGAGUUCAUCGGUCUCUCAAGGAUCAUAAAGAUGAAGUAACUUGUGUAACAUACAAUUGGAAUGAUUGCUACAUUGCUUCUGGAUCUCUUAGUGGUGAAAUUAUUUUGCAUAGUGUAACCACUAAUAUAUCUAGUACUCCUUUUGGCCAUGGUAGUAACCAGUCUGUUCGGCACUUGAAGUACUCCUUGUUCAAGAAAUCUCUACUGGGCAGUGUUUCAGAUAAUGGAGUAGUAACUCUCUGGGAUGUGAAUAGUCAGAGUUCAUAUCAUAACUUUGAUAGUACACAUAAAGCUCCAGCUUCAGGCAUCUGUUUUUCUCCUGUCAAUGAAUUGCUGUUUGUAACCAUAGGCUUGGAUAAAAGAAUCAUCCUCUAUGACACUUCAAGUAAGAAGGUAGUGAAAACUUUGGUAGCCGACACUCCUCUGACUGCAGUCGAUUUUAUGCCAGAUGGAGCCACUUUGGCUAUUGGAUCUUCCCGUGGRAAAAUAUAUCAAUAUGAUUUAAGGAUGUUGAAAUCACCAGUUAAAACCAUCAGUGCUCACAAGACAUCUGUGCAGUGUAUAGCAUUUCAGUACUCUACUGCUCUUACUAAGUCAAGUUUAAAUAAAAGCUGUUCAAAUAAGGUCACAGCAGCGAAUAAACGAGCCAUUAAUGUGAGCACCUUUGGUGGAGGAAUUCAGAAUUCUGGAAUUGUCAGAGAAGCAACUGCCACUUCCAUUGCCACAGUUCUCCCGCAACCCAUGACAACAGCUGUGGGGAAAGCAACAGUUGCUGUUCAGGACAAAGCAGGUUUUCCUCGAAGCAUAAAUACAGAUAUUUUAUCUAAGGAAACUGACAGUGGAAAAAGUCAAGAUUUCUCCAGCUUUGAUGAUACUGGGAAAAGUAGUUUAGGGGACAUGUUCUCACCUAUCAGAGAUGAUGGUGAAGUUAACAAGGGAGUUGAUGAGUCUGUAGGCAAAGGAGAUGGCUUUGACUUUCUACCACAACUGAACUCAGUGUUUCCUCCAAGAAAAAAUCCAGUAACUUUAAAUACUUCAGCAUUGAAUUCUAGUCCUCUUAAUGUCUUUAUGGGAUCUCCGGGGAAAGAAGAAAAUGAAAAUCAUGAUCUGAUAGCUGAGUCUAAGAAAGCAUUUCUAGGAAAACAGGAUCCUAAAGAUUCCUUCAAACAGUUUGCAAAGUUGAUCUCUUCUGGUACUGAAACUGGAAAUCUAAAUAAUUCUCCAUCGUCUAACCAAACAAGAAAUCUUGAGAAAUUUGAAAAGCCAGAGAAAGAAUUUGAAGCUCAGUUCAUAUAUGAACCACCAGUUAAUGGAUCUUCAACUCCAAAUCCAAAGAUAGCAUCCUCUGUCACUGCUGGAGUUGCCAGUUCACUCUCAGAGAAAAUAGUUGAUACUAUCGGAAACAAUCGACCAAAUGCACCAUUGACAUCUGUUCAAAUCCGUUUCAUUCAGAAUAUGAUACAGGAAACAUUGGAUGACUUUAGAGAAGCAUGCCAUAGGGACAUUGUGAAUUUGCAAGUGGAGAUGAUAAAACAGUUUCAUAUGCAGCUGAAUGAAAUGCACUCUUUGCUGGAAAGAUACUCAGUGAAUGAAGGUUUAGUGGCUGAAAUUGAAAGACUUCGAGAAGAAAACAAAAGACUACGGGCUCACUUUUAAAAUUUCACUGAAUAUGUUAAUGUUUAAUAAUUUGAGGAGUUUCUGGCAACACAGAACUUCAUAGAAUCAGUAUUGUUUUCUUGGUCUCUAGGGGAAGAAAAAAAUUUUUCAAGUUAAAGGGUGUUGGAAUUUUACACCAACCACUGUUUCAUGUUUUCUGUCACAAAUAUUUAUAUUUUUAUAUUUAAACUGUACAAUAUAUCAUUUGUGUAAUAGGAAAGUCAACAGGAUCUUUAUUCUGAAAACUUUAGCUAUACACUAAGUGCCCUUUUUCAUAGAAAAUUGUGCAUAAAAAUAGGUUAWGUUUUUAAUUACCUUUUUUAAACAUAUUUUUGAUUGACAAAUUGCCUUCCASAUUUUUUGGGGUAGUUUUAGAAGUUUGAUAUACCUUCUAUUUUUAUGGAGAAAAUGCCAUUGACUAAUAAAACACAGUUGGCUAGUAAUUAUUUUGUUAAUGACAUCAAGUAUGACUAUUAUUUAUUACUUGUAAAUGUGGUAAUUUUUUGAAAUUUUGAAUUGUACAGAUGCAUUUUAUCUUUUGCAUUUAUGUUAGUACUUCUGAUAACUUUGUACUUCUGGUUGAUAUUUUUUAACAUUGCCUAUGAGAAAAGUUUUAAGGGUGUAUGAGACUCAACAAGAACCAUAUAUGUGCCGAUUUUCUCAUGAAUUAUUAAUAUGCAAAAUUAUAAAAGUUUUAAUCACCAUUACUAAACUAGUGAAAAUUUCAUAUUAAAUACUAAAUAUUACAAUAUCAUUGCCAUCUUUUCCUCCCAAGAGAGAAGUGUGAAUUAUUUUGUUCUGCAGUUUGUAUCAUUAACUUUCUCUAAUUCUUUCUGUGAUAUGAAUAAUAUUUUUAUAUUAUUUGCUUUAUCAUAAAAUUAUUUAUAAAGGUUCAUUGUGAAAAGAAUUCACACCCCUUUGGCAGUAGUUGGACAUUUGCAUCUACCUGCCCUGAUCUCCAUUUUAGGUGUAAGAUGAGGAGGGCUACUUGUUCAUGUUCUUAUCUCUUGCCCAAAGAGUUACACUGUAUACCUUGAAUAUAGCUCUACUACUACAUUUUGACUUCUAAGAUAAAGAUACAUACUAAAAUUUUUWAAAAAUCUAGUUUAGCUUACUAACUUUAUUGUUUUCCAAAAUAAUGGGAAAUAAGUGUAAAUAUGCUAAUAA